UUCUUUUUUCAAAAUUAUUGUCCAAGCGCACUAACGGGCCAAAUGAGUCGUUCCAUGAAUAGCUCGACCCUGUCAAGGCAAUGGCCAGUUCAUCUCUCUUUUGGAUCAUUUAUACAGUAGUGAAGCCGAUAGAUUGUCAAUUAAUAAUGCAGAUAAAACUAGGACUUGUUUUAGAAUUGGGCUUUCCUGUAAAAAAGAUAAAUUGGGCUUUGAUAUUUUUUUUUUUUUUUUUGUUAUUGAGUUGCCAAACAUUAAAGCUCUUCUAAUCCCUUUUCCUUCUUUUUAGUCCCAACAUUUAGUUUCUGCAACAGUUUCUCUCUUUCUCUAUUUCUCAUUCUUCAAGCUUCUAUAUUUUACCUUCCCUUUGUUUUCUUUUCCUGCUUUUAUCCGUCUAAACAUCUUUGAACCUACAUUAAUAUUGUACAUACCAGUUUCUUAUUGAAACAUAAAAAAUUAUGCCUAAUAAAUGGGUUAUUUCUCUUCUCAUAUGCCUGAUUAUUUUCAAUGAUGAUGUCUCAUUAGUUUCUGCAUCUCCUCCUGCAAGGAUAGUUGCAGGGAUAGUCACCAAUGCAAUGUCUACUCUUUUCAAAUGGCUUUGGUCUCUAAGAGCUCCAGUCCUCAAAUCAGACAAAGCUGUUUCCACCCGAUCAUUGAUGAAAUUUGAGGCUGGAUAUACGGUAGAGACGGUUUUCGACGGGAAUAAGGCUGGGAUUGAGCCUUAUUCUAUUGAAGUAUCUCCAACAGGAGAGCUUCUAGUCUUGGAUUCUGCUAACAGUAAUCUCUACAAGAUUUCAACACCAUUAUCCCGAUAUAGCAGGCCAAAACAUGUAGUUGGAUCACCAGAAGGGUACACAGGGCAUGUAGAUGGGAAACUAAGAGAAGCAAGAAUGUAUAACCCCAAAGGCCUAACUGUUGAUGACAGUGGAAACAUCUACAUAGCUGACACCAUGAAUAUGGCCAUCAGGAAAAUCAGUGACACAGGAAUUACUACAAUAGCCGGAGGAAGAUGGAGCCAUGGAGGAGCUCACAUGGAUGGAGCGAGUGAAGAUGCAAAAUUUUCUGAUGAUUUCGACUUGAUCUAUGUAAGAAGUAGCUGCUCUCUCCUGGUCACGGAUAGAGGAAACCAAGCAAUCCGAGAAAUCCAACUCCACGAUUCUGAUUGUUCUUAUGAGCAGCCAGAUGAACUUCAACAUGAGCAGCAGCACGACGAAAACUUUUAUAUAGGUGUGGCAGUACUUAUUGCAACUGCGUUCUCUGGAUACAUGUUAGCAUUGGUCAAGCAGAGAGUGCAGGCCUUAUUUUCUCCUAAGAGAGAUCCAAGAAUGCAGAUGAAUAAUCAAGCAAUCACGGUACCAUAUCAGAGACCUCCAAUAUCAGUCAGGCCUCCAUUAAUUCCACCAGCAGAUGAUGAAUUUGAGGAAGACGACGAAGGAUUAUUUUUCUCAUUUGGCAGACUCAUAAUCAAUGCCAGUUCCUCAGUGGCUGAAGUCUUUGCUGGUGAAAUUUGGGGUGUUACCAUCUCCCCUCCUUAA